UGUUUGGGGAACGCUCUCUGCCAAUGCGCACUACCACCACUAUCCCAUAACUACCCUCCAUCCAUUCCGUCACCACAGGGACGCGCAAAGAAAAGAUAGAAAACAUGUCGGACAAGAAACAGACUGUGGAUUUGGGAUUAUUAGAGGAGGACGAUGAGUUUGAAGAAUUCCCAGCCGAGGAUUGGACGGGUCUGGAUGAGGAUGAAGAUGCCCACGUGUGGGAAGACAACUGGGACGAUGACAACGUAGAGGACGACUUCUCUAAUCAACUCAGAGCGGAGCUGGAGAAACAUGGUUCCAAGAUGGAGACGUCGUAGGAGCUGCCGAGUCCACACAGCUGUUGGGAUUGGAUAUGGAUGGACAUUGGUGUUAUGAAUGUUAUAACUUCACACUUACGAUGGAGGAUGUUUAACUAAACUCGCUCCUUUUUUUUCUUCUAAGAAACCUUGACACGAGUAAAGUGUUUGAAAAUAUCCCCCUUUGGAUAUUUUCAUUGUUCUACUGAUCUGCAUUUAUUCAGAUAAUGUAAGAGUUAUGUAAAUAUUAAAGGUGGUUCAGUUCA